AAUUGCACCUUGCUGUAUUCUACUAUUCUAACUCUCAACAGUAAAUUGAGACCCCGACUUGAGUUCAUUUGUUUCUGGGAAUAUCAACACGGUUAAGCGCAUGAUAACGGUCCUAUAUGUGAGAAAUCGCGUAAAGCUAACAAAAUGUUAAGACAUAUAACUAACUAACUGUCUGUGAAUCACCCAAACAAUUCGUGUAGAAAAAAAUCCACAAAUUGAUGAAAAGCACUAUGCCUAUAAAACCAUGAGACUAUAAGAUGCUACUUCAUCAGAACCACAGCGAUCUCAGUGGUGGAAAUCUUGGACACACGGGGAGGGUCGACUUACAGAUGACAUUGACGCUAUGUAGAUGAGAACGGGGAUUUGUGGUCCGCGUAACAACCCUGGCCGCUGAAGAUAGACGGUGUUACGAGGUGAAGCUGCUGCCUUUUCGUGGUGUUGUUCCUCCCCGCUCUGCUCUCCUCUGCUUGUCUCUCUCUCCUUCAGGCAUCACCAAGCUAACGGACAGCGCCACUCACACCUAGUUCCUGCUUUCCUGCAAACUCACCUUUCCCAUCAGGAUCAUAGUUUAGUUUUGCUUAUCUAUCUCUAAAAAUAUAUGAUUUGGUCUGCCCGGUUAGAAGCUUGAAGAACACAACUUUUCGAAGAACGCACGGAUACUAUACCAUGUCCCACAAUUCUGGCUGGCUCAGCAGUUUAAUUGUUCGCUUUUAACUUCCUCGGUGUUCCCUCUCCGUCUCCCGCUCCUUCACAUCCAACGGUCAAUCGGCUGGGUACCGAACCGCGAAGCUGCUCUCUACGUGGAUCAGUGGGGUUAAAAUCUUCCAACCGCCUGCCAGCCUUGCCAGGAAAUCUAAACAUAAUCAGAGAGACAUGGCGACCAAUGGAACUAAAGCCUCGGAUGGACACGUUUUAACGGAGGUGAAUGCGGAGCCUAAUGACAAACCCAAAACCUUGGUCGUCAAAGUCCAGAAAAAGGAACUUCCCGAAAGAGAAAACUGGACUGGAAAAUUUGACUUUCUCCUGUCUUGCGUCGGGUACGCAAUUGGACUCGGAAAUGUCUGGAGAUUUCCUUAUCUAUGUGGGAAGAACGGAGGAGGGGCCUUCUUGAUUCCAUACUUUUUGACGCUCAUAUUUGCUGGUAUGCCCUUGUUUCUGCUCGAAACGUCCCUCGGUCAGUACACAUCGAUUGGAGGGCUUGGGGUGUGGAAACUGGCUCCCAUGUUUAAAGGUGUUGGUCUGGCCGCUGCAGUGCUUUCUUUCUGGCUAAAUAUUUAUUACAUUGUCAUCAUUUCCUGGGCCAUAUACUAUCUCUGGUCCUCCUUUACUUCUGAGUUGCCAUGGCAAUCAUGUGGAAAUUCUUGGAAUACAGAUCGCUGUUACACCAACUACAGCAUCCCCAACGCUGCCAACCUCACCAGCGCCGUUCAGGAAUUCUGGGAACGUAACAUGCACCAAUUGACGGAUGGUCUGGAGAAACCUGGGGAGAUCAGAGCGCCUCUAGCCAUCACGCUGGCCAUCGCUUGGGUCCUGGUUUAUUUCUGCAUCUGGAAAGGUGUCGCAUGGACUGGCAAGGUGGUGUACUUCUCAGCGACGUACCCCUACUUUAUGCUCUUCAUCCUCUUCUGCCGCGGCAUCACUCUGCCCGGAGCCAUCGAUGGAAUCCUCUUCUACAUCACGCCCAACUUCGAGAAGCUCAAGGAAUCAGAGGUGUGGUUGGAUGCUGCCACUCAGAUCUUCUUCUCCUAUGGGCUGGGGCUGGGAUCACUGAUUGCUCUGGGAAGCUACAACCCAUUCAAUAAUAAUGUUUACAGAGAUUCUGUCAUUGUGUGCUGCAUCAACUCGUUCACCAGCAUGUUCGCUGGCUUAGUCAUCUUCUCCAUUGUGGGCUUCAUGGCCAACGUGACUAAGAGGCCUAUAAUAGAAGUAGCAGCCUCAGGUCCUGGCUUGGCGUUCUUGGCCUACCCUGAGGCAGUAACCCAGCUGCCUAUCUCUCCUCUCUGGGCGAUCCUUUUCUUCUCUAUGUUGCUCAUGCUGGGAAUAGACAGUCAGUUCUGUACGGUGGAGGGCUUCAUCACUGCAUUGGUGGAUGAGUUCCCCAGAGCUCUGAGAGGAAGAAGAGAACUCUUCAUCGCUGCCGUCUGCCUGGUCUCUUAUAUCAUCGGCCUGUCCAACAUCACACAGGGUGGGCUGUACGUGUUCAAGCUGUUUGACUACUAUUCUGCCAGUGGAAUGUGCCUGCUCUUCCUGGUCUUCUUCGAGUGUGUCUCCAUAUCCUGGUUCUACGGUGCUGAUAAGUUCCUUGCCAACAUUGAGGAGAUGAUUGGCUUUAGGCCCUGCCUGUGGUGGAAGCUGUGUUGGGUCGUGUUCACUCCUCUCAUCGUGGCUGGAGUGUUCCUGUUCAGUGCUGUCCAGAUGGUUCCUCUCACCAUGAACAACUACGUGUUCCCGGCCUGGGGACAGGGAGUAGGCUGGUGCAUGGCGUUGUCCUCCAUGCUCCUGAUACCUGGAUACAUGGUCUAUAUGUUCCUCAACCUCAAGGGGGAUUACAAAGAGCGUCUGCGGAUAAUGAUCCAACCCCCGAUGAUGGUGAGAGGAGAACGCCAGGAGAACGGCCCUGAGCAGACACCGGCAGCAGCCACUGAAGAGGCUUACAUCUAAACCCUGUUGUAGUAUUCAGCCUGUCUCCGAGGCCAACUCUUUUGCAGAAAACAACGUAAUCAAGGUGAAGCACAACCAAGGGAUGCAUUCCCAAAUGGAAUCCUAUUCUAUAUAUAGUGCACUACUUUUGACCAGGGCCCAUAUGGACUACUACCUAAUAGAGGCCCUGGUUAAAAGUAGUGCACUAUAUAGGGAAUAGGGCGUCAUUUGGGACGCAGAUAAGACCUUCCAUGUCUGAUAUCUAAUCACCUACCUCCAGGGGAAACGUGACCAACCUGAUUACAUUUGACUUUUCAUUUAUUUUUCAUUUAUUUUUAUUUAUUUGUUUUUUUCAUUUGUUUUGUCAACAGAAAUAAGAAAGUCAAACGGCUGUUAUUGUGAUAGUGUUGUGUUUCAUAUGCAAACAUGUUAGUCUUUCUAAGAUUGUUACCUAGAAAAUACUAUAAUUUUUAAUUAUAAUUUAAAUUUGGAAGCCCAAUGUGAUUCAACACUAAUAUUAACUUAAUUCAUCUAUAAAAAAUGAAGUUAUUGUAAAACCGAGCCGUAGCCAGGGUCUGGGUUUGUAGUGCGUCUG